UUGAUCGAUGUUGAGAAGGAAAAGAGCGAGCAGGAGCCCACCAACUCACAUUCUAUGCUGGUCCAUGCAUCCCGCUCCCUGCACACAUCGUCCCAGAGUCUGGCCCCAGUUCCCCCUCUGCCAGAGAAGGGAGGGAAGGUCCGCCAUGGCAUCUUUCCCGAGGAACUCUUCCAGCUGUUGUACCCCAAAACUGGACCUUACAUGCUGGGUACUGGACUCCUCCUUUACAUGCUUUCCAAGGAAAUCUACGUCAUCAACCACGAGACCCUCGCUGCUGCUUCCAUAGGAGGCAUCAUUAUCUAUGGUAUCAAGAAGUUCGGUCCGAGCGUUGGAGCUUUCGCUGACAAGUUGAAUGAGGAGAAAGUGGCUAGGGCCCAGGAGGUUAAAGACCUCGCCAUGGCCAGCCUGGCUCGGGCCAUUGAGGAUGAGAAGAAGGAACAGUGGAGAGUGGAGGGAAGAUCAAUGCUCUUUGAUGCUAAGAGGAACAAUGUGUCCAUGCUGUUGGAGACCAACUACAGGGAGAGGCUACAUAUGGUGACCAAUGAGGUGAAGAGGCGCUUGGACUAUCAGAUCGCCCUGCAGGACCUCCAUCGUCGGAUGGAGCAGGAGCACAUGGUCAACUGGGUGGAGAAGAGCGUCGUCGGCAGCAUCACCCCUCAGCAGGAAGACCUGAAUCAACAGAGGCAGGCUUUCCAACACCAUGAGCCUAAAGAGACGCCAUUCCAGCGGAACAGCAUGACCAGACCCAGUGGAAGAUCCAUUUACAUGCAGAGAAAAGAAUACUCCGAGACGCUGAACAGACAUCCAGACAAUUUUCAAGUCAGAGUCGAGCAUCUGUUCACCAGUGAGCUGGAUGGAAGGGAGGUGAGGAAUGUGGAGGACUGUGUGGCCAAGCUCAAGAGGCUGGACGAGAAAGGUCGACUGUGGCCUCAAGAGAUGAUCAUGGGGAUUCAGGGACCGUACCUUCACCUCAGCGACAUCGAAACCAAGGUGGAGCUGGAUUUGUUGCCCCUGAGAGACAUCAUUGAGACCAAAGCUGUGCUGGACAGCUGCGCCUACAACUCUCUGCUGACCCUAACUGUUCAGGAGCGCAGCAAGCGCGUCCCACAGGUCUUCAUGUUCCAGUGUGAGGAAACCGGGGCAGAGAAUAUCAAGAGUGACCUGGACAAGGCAAUGCAGAGAGGUGGUAAUCCGGAUUUAGGCAGAGAGCCGUUUGACAUCAGGAGUAAUCUUGAGCAUGCGGUCGGACACCAGGCUCUGGGAAACCCUCCCCAUGGGAUUUCCCGGCCUGUGCAGCAGGAGAUGAGUCCACCGCCACCGGAUCCUGCUCCCCAACACUGGGACAACAUCCAGCCCGAUUACUUGCCUUCUCCGCGAGAAGAGAGGAUGCCUCAUAAUGAUUUUCGAGAGAUGCAGAGCAGCCCAGUUAUGGCUCCUGAGAGACUGGAUGCAGACAGGAACAUGGGCCAACUUGACGGGAUUAUCAACAACCCGGAUGCCCCUGAAUUUGUCAAUAUCUUCUUCAACAAUUUACAAAUGAUGGUUCGUCUGUAUCCGCCUGAUCUGCCUCCCACUGUGGUGGCCCCCCUGCUCACAGACACAGCUGUGCACCUGCUCAGGCGGGUUCUCAGCCCGGAGCAGAGCGCACUCUGGAGCUCUCUAGGUGACUCUUGGAACGUUUCCAGCCAGGGCGUUGUGCUGAUGUGCAAACACAGGUCUAACUGGCCAGAAGAUGUCCCACCCUACAUCCCGCAGUUUUACGAUGGGUGGGAGCCACCUGCACCAGCUAAAAUGCCUGCCCCCCUCCCCUUUCAGAAUGGUCCACUGAGCCGGAGCAACAGUCAGAGGUUUGGUGGACAAACAGAUGAAGGCCAGGGCUACUCACCCAGAGUGAUGCACUGGCAGCCUGAGGAGAUAGAAGAGCCCGGUGGCCCCAGAAAUUCACACCCCGGAGAGCCGCCACUGCAGAUGCGCGUCAUAUACAACUUCAUGGCCAGAAACAGCCGGGAGCUGAGUAUAAUGCAGGGAGAGGUGGUUCAGGUGAUUCAGAAAUCCAAACAGUGGUGGCUUGUUCGGAACUCACAAAAUGAGGAGGGCAACGUUCCCCAGAAUGUUUUGGAGCCUCUGAGCAGUGGUGGACCCAUGGUUGGCCCACAAAGAGGAUUUGGUGGUUCAUCAACCCUGAGCAGGAGCUCCUCACCUGCAGAGGUGAGAGCCUGGCUUGAGCAGAGGGGCUUCUCCAAAAUCACUGUCUCUACUCUCGGGGUGCUGAGCGGUGAACUGCUUUUGGGAAUGUCAAAAGAGGAGAUACGGACUGUAUGUCCAGAGGAAGCAGGCAAGGUCUUCUUCCAGCUUCAGGCUGUCAAGUCAUCAAUUGCGCUGGCCAGUGAACCGUCCGGCAUGUACAACAGCCGCUACUGAGCCGAGAGCCGAGGAGCAGCGCGGGAAUUCUUGGUGUCAGGGUGGAUCUUUUGUGUUGGAGGCAAUCCCAUAAAUCCCAUCAUCAACGGAACUUCAUCCACUCCUGCUGUGUUGUUUCACCAAAAGCCUCUUUAGCUGCAUGAUCCUAUUGUUGUAUAGCAACAGCUGUAAUCAGUUAUUCUGAAGAUAAUCUAUUAUACUAUUGUUUCUUUUUCUGAUUAAAUGCAGACUGUAUUAUAACAUGUGACCCAUUCAGAAUGACUUUCCUGUGUUGUUAGCAAUGCAUUAAUGAAACGAAAUAUUGAGCACGUACUUCUGCAUUACAUGUUGCUUCUAUAUUUUCUGUAACCUAUAAUCCUCAGGUCAGGCUCACGGCACAAAAUGUGAUGUUAAAUUGAAAAUUUGAAGCUAAAAGAAAAUGGGUUCAAGAUUUUAUUUGAUAAAAAAAAGAAAUUAAUGAAUUGUGACAAAUGUAACAAUUGUUUAGUUUGAAAAUAAAGUCCGUGUCUUCCUGACAUCAGCACAAACUUUGA